AUGUUACUUAGUCAGUUACUAAUUAUAUUAGCAUACUUUUUAAAUGUAACAAAUUCUUUAUCAACAUCUUCACAUUAUGCGCGUUGGGCACACGUAUCAGCAUUAGUAGGCGAUAAGUUAUAUUUUAUGUGUGGAGUGGUAGACACUAAAAAUACUAUCGGCUCAAGAGAUCUAUUUUACCUUGACUUAUCGAAAAAUUUUAAAGAUUCGUUACCAAUUAUUGAAAUUUCAUCUAAUUUGCCAGUAAAAAGCAUGUGGUCAGCGGCGAACGCAUAUGGUUCAACAAUUUUUUUGUGUGGCGGCUGGUUAAGUUAUGUGUCAAAUGGGACUCUAGAUAAUAUCGAUUAUGUUUUUACAUUUUCAACCCAGGAUAAUACAUGGCAAAGACCUUCAACUUAUGGUACGCCACCGGCUUCACAUCCGCUUGCAGCCGUAUCCUCUGUUAUUGAUAAAACUGGAAAAAUAUACUUAUUUGGUGGAGACAAUGCUGCUAUAGCUUAUAGUAAAAUGUAUAUAUUUGAUACUAUCAAUUUAACGUGGUUAGAUAGCAGCGAUGCAGGCAUGGCCUUUAAUAAAACGCUCUAUGCAAGUGUUUUAUUAAAUAAUGGUGAAAUUCUAUACAUUGGCGGUAUCGAAAAUUAUCAAAUUGCUAAAUUUGCCGAUAUCAAUAUAGUAGAACUCAAGCGACAACUGGAAACCCAAAUACAACUGGAAACUCAAAUACAACAACCGGAGGCCCAACUACAACAACCAGUGCCUCAACUUCUGCCACCGUGA